AUGUCCGCGGAAGAUCUCAAGAACCAAGGCAACAAAGCCCUGCUUUCGGGCCACUACAACGACGCCGUGGAUCUGUACACGCAGGCCAUCGAGCUGAACCCCCAGUCUGCCGUCUACUAUGCCAACCGGGCCCAGGCCCACAUCAAGAACGAGGCGUACGGUGUGGCUAUCGAGGACUCGUCCAAGGCCAUCGAACUGGAUCCUACCUACAUCAAGGCUUAUUUUCGUCGGGCUGUGUCCAACACCGCCAUCAUCAAGCACAAGGACGCCCUGGUGGACUUCAAGAAGGUUGUUCAGCUGGCUCCGGGCGAUAAUGCGGCCAAACAGCGACUCAACGAGUGCCAGAAGCUCGUUCGAAAGGCCGCGUUUGCGCUGGCCAUCGCUGUGGAGGAGGGCCCGGCUCUGUCCGAGCAGAUCGACCUGGACGUGGUCAAGAUCGACAACAAUUACGACGGAGUUAAAAUCGACGACGGAUACGACGAAAAUGACAAGCCCGUCUUCACGGUGACGCAAAAGUUCAUCGACGAUCUGGUCGAGCGGUUCAAAAACGGCAAACUGCUGCAUCUCAGAUACGUCUACGCCAUUGUGGUCGGCGCCAUCAAGCUGUUCAAGGAGGAGCCCACCAUGGUCGAGACUCCCGUUCCCGAGGGAACCACCACCACCGUGUGCGGAGACACCCACGGGCAGUUCUUUGAUCUGCUGGAAAUUUUCAAGCUCAACGGCUGGCCUUCCGCCACCCACAGAUAUGUGUUCAACGGCGACUUUGUGGACCGAGGGUCGUGGUCGGCAGAAAUUGCCAUUCUGCUGUACGCUCUCAAGCUGCUGAACCCGUCGUUCAUCUACCUGAACCGGGGCAACCACGAGACUGACGACAUGAACGCCGUCUACGGCUUUGAGGGCGAAAUCAAGCAUAAAUACAACGAACGGACCUUCAAGCUCUUUUCAGAGUCCUUUUCGGCUCUGCCUCUGGCCCAUCUCAUUGGAGGCGCCUACUUUGUUGUUCAUGGCGGUCUCUUCUCCAAGGACGGCGUCACUCUGGACGACAUUCGAGCAUACUCACGAUUUUCGCGAAAACAGCCUGGCAACUCCGGUCUUAUGAUGGAGAUGCUGUGGACCGACCCGCAGCCCGAAAACGGCCGGUCGCCGUCCCAGAGAGGAGUGGGUAUCCGUUUCGGACCCGACGUGACCGAGGCCUUCUGCAAGGAGAACGGGCUGAAGGGAGUUCUGCGAUCCCACGAGGUGCGAAUGGGAGGCUACGAGGUGGAGCAUAACGGCAAGCUGGUGACGGUCUUCUCGGCCCCCAACUACUGCGAUUCCCAGGGCAACAAGGGCGCCUACAUCAACAUUGGACAUGAUCUGGAGAUGCAGUUUAACGUCUUUGAUGCCCAACCUCAUCCCGAUGUCAAGCCCAUGGCUUACAGCAACCGGCUCAUGGGUUAA